AUGCAUCACAUUUUGAGCGCUCGAGGCAUGCUAAAAGCGCCUCCCAACCCUAACGUAGCAUUAAGCGGGAAUGGCAAGGAGGGCCAUUACGUGGUCAGAACGACUGAUCUGCUUGAUGUUCUUUCGUCGCUAGAUGUCGACCUUAGGCCUCUCUUUAACUGGAAUGUGAAGGAGGUCUUUGCGUUCUUGGUGGUCGAAUAUGAGAGUACAAGGCCCCAUGACAAGGUCCGCAUACACAAUGAACAUGUUCUUUGGGAUCGAGUGAUUGUCAGCGAAAACUUGGGCAAAAGCCUCGUCAAAGCAAACUCUGUGCGAUUCUCAACCCUUAAGCAUAGAUUCCGCAUCUCCAAUCUCAGCAACAAGUAUCCCAUUGCGGAUAUUAACAAUUUAUUCCGAAAUAAUGACCCUCAAAUGGACCACGUUUCCAUGGAUUGGCGCCAUUUUCCACAAGGCGUCCGACGAGCGAUCGGUCACAUUUUCGCUGACUCAGAACGGCCAAUAAAUCAGCGGGAAACCCCGGCAACUUUGCAUGAAGAGUUUCGUAAUUUUGUACCUUUGUAUGAUGAUUAA